CUUUCAGUCAACCACUAUGAGACCAGAGGAAGUAAACAUUGUGUGUUUGAAACUGUGAAUGUUGAAAUCUUCAGGAUGGCGUUCAGGAAAGAAAGUGCAAAACCAUGGAAAAAGGGCACCCGACCUUCUUCUGGAAAAGGACAUCAGUUGACCCCAACGAUGAGUGAUACUAAAGACCUCUUUCGAAAUGUCAGCCAGAAGCCUGGUCUCCAGAUAUGGACAAUUAAUAACAUGGAGAUGGUCCCUGUUCCUGCUCAAGCCUAUGGUAACUUCUUCGAGGGAGACUGUUACAUUGUUUUAAAUAUACCCAAGGGCCAGGGCUCCAGCCAGUCCGCAGACGUGCAUUACUGGAUAGGGAACUCCUCCUCUCAGGAUGAGCAGGGUGCAGCGGCCAUCUACGUGACCCAGCUGGACGAGCACCUGGGGGGCAGUCCAGUCCAGCACAGGGAGGUCCAGGGAUACGAGUCACCCCGAUUCAAGAGCUAUUUCAAAAAUGGGCUCAUAUAUAAAAAGGGGGGCGUGGCUUCUGGCUUUAACCACGUUGAGACAAACUCGUAUGAUGUCCAGCGCUUGCUUCAUGUCAAAGGGAAGAAACAUGUCACUGCAUCAGAGGUGGAGAUGUCAUGGAACAGCUUUAACAAAGGAGACAUAUUCCUGUUGGACAUGGGCAAAGUCAUAGUGCAGUGGAACGGUCCCAAGAGCAAUAGACAAGAGAAGCUCAAGGCUGUCUUGUUGGCACAGGACAUCCGGGACAGGGAGCGGGGGGGCCGGGCUGAGAUUGGGGUGGUGGAGGGGGCAGACGAGGGGAGCUCUCCUGAACUGAUGAAGAUCAUGAUUUCUGUACUGGGACAAAGAAAAGGAGCCCUGAAGGAUGCUAUACCUGAUGACCAGCCAGACCAUGCACAGAAGAGCUUUGUACGACUCUACCAUGUUUUUGAAGAAAGUGGGAAUCUGGUGAUUAGAGAGGUAGCCACUCAGCCUCUCACUCAAGACCUACUUCUGUCCUCUGACUGCUACAUUGCAGACCAGAAUGGCUCCUGUGUGAUGUUGUGGAAAGGCAAACAAGCCUCAGCUGUUGAGCGACGGGAGUCUUUGAACAGAGCAACGGGUUAUAUAAAAACCAAAAAAUACCCACCAAGCACCGCUCUGGAGGUGAUGAGUGAGGGAGGGGAAACUGCUAUGUUCAAGCACCUUUUUAAAUACUGGAAAGACAAAGGGCAAACUCAGGGCCUGGGUACCACACACACAAUUGGCAAAAUUGCCAAAGUGGAGCAAGUGAAGUUUGAUGUCAUGGAGCUACAUGCGCGUCCUGAUCUAGCAGCACAGCAACGCAUGGUUGAUGACGCUUCAGGGGAAGUGAAGAUAUGGAGAAUUGAGGACUUAGAGCUGGCUGAGGUUGAUCCAAGCACAUAUGGACAGUUCUAUGGAGGAGACUGCUAUUUGGUGCUCUACACAUAUAUGAGAGCCAACCGACCACAGUACAUCCUCUACAUGUGGCAGGGUCGGCAUGCUACCAAAGAUGAGAUCACAGCAAGUGCCUAUCAAGCUGUUAACAUUGAUAACAAAUACAACGGUGCCCCAGUGCAGGUCAGAGUGACCAUGGGGAAAGAACCUCGGCAUUUCUUGGCAGUUUUUAAAGGCAAACUCAUCAUUUUUGAGGGUGGCACAGGUCGGUCAAGUGUGAAAAACGCUGAAACUGGGCCUAGGCUCUUUCAGGUCAAAGGAACAAGUGAAUUCAACACCAAAGCCACUGAAGUCAAAGCAAGAGCAUCAUCCCUGAACUCCAAUGAUGUUUUCUUGUUAAAGACAGAGAGAGCGUGCUACCUGUGGUACGGAAAGGGUUGCAAUGGUGAUGAGCGUGAGAUGGGCAAAGCAGUAGCUGCUGUGCUGUCAAGACAAGACAAGCGGGUGGCAAUGGAAGGGCAGGAGCCAGCUGAAUUUUGGGUUGCACUGGGAGGGAAAACUCCAUAUGCAAGUGACAAGAGUCUGCAGACACAGGAACCCCGAUACAGCCCUAGACUUUUUGAAUGCUCCAAUCAGACGGGACGCUUUGUGAUGACAGAGGUGGUUGACUUUGCUCAGUGCGACCUGGAUGAAGAGGAUGUCAUGUUGCUUGACACAUGGGAGGAGAUUUUCCUUUGGAUCGGGAACUUAGCCAAUGAGUAUGAAACCAAAGAGGCCUGGAACAGCGCUCGGGAAUACCUAAAGACCCAUCCUGCAGGUCGUGACCUGGACACCCCAAUAUGCUGCGUCAAACAGGGAAAUGAGCCGCUUACGUUCACUGGAUGGUUCAACGCAUGGGACCCUCAAAUGUGGAGUGGAGGAAGUACCUAUGAGCAGAUGAAAAAUAAGUUGGGUCGUGAAACUUCAGUAUCCCAGAUUGCUUUAGACUUGAACACCACUAACUUAAAUAAGGGUUCUAGUGAUGGUGGGUACAGGGCUCCGGGCGGCCCUGUCACCUCCACUCCAGCUUACAGAGUGCCUAGCAGCCCUGGGUCCCAUAGGUCCAGUACCAGCUCCUCAUCCAUUACAUCCAGUGCCAGCGGAGAGUUCACUGUAGACCCCCAGCUACUUAUCAACAAGUCUGCUGAUGAGCUGCCCCCAGGAGUGGACCCCAGCCUGCGAGAGGAGUACCUUUCUGAUGCGGAUUUUGAGAGUGUGCUUGGGACAACACGUGCUGACUUCCAACGGCUGCCAAAAUGGAGACAAAAUGACAUGAAGAAAAAGGCGGGACUUUUCUAAGAAAUAUUACAAUAAUAUUACAGGUUAUAUCACAUGUCACAGUAACGUUGUCAAAGCGGUUCUACUGUAAUACCAAGAAGUAACCCAGUAUUUAUAAUUUCUCAUGGAACACAAUGAAGUUGAUUGAAAUGUGUUCUAACUUCUAAUACUGUUUAUAAUUAUAAAGUGCCUAACUACUGUAUCUAUUCUUAAUAUUUUCAUUGAAAUCAAAGUACUUCGCACAUGUGGAC